AUGAAUAUUGCUCCGCUACUGGAACAGAUACAAACCAAGGACCCUCAAGAGAGGAUUCAAGGAUUAAAUGCUUUAACUCAAUCCAUGCUUGAUAUUGCAUUGGAUGAUAUUCCUUCAGUCAUGGAUACAAUACGGCCCUCUCUCAAAGACAACAAUUACAAAGUAUGUGAGGCGGCCCUUACAUUUCUCUGUACAUUUUUGGAACAUAUUGAUGCAAAAAUCUUUCAACCUUUCUUUUCUGACUUUUUAAAUUUAUUAGUGGAACGAUUUGGAGAUGCAAAGAAUUCAGUAAGAGAUAAAGCUUUUGAGGCAGUCAUUAUGGUUACUAAACAUUAUUCUCCAAAAGAAAUUUUGGACGCUAUUCGAGAAGGAUUCAUUCACAAAAGUUGGAAAGUUAGAGAAGGAAUAUGUUUAAUAUUUAUUCAAAUUUUACAAGCAUUUGGACCAAAAAAUAUCAUGUUUAUGAAAUACCUUCCAGAUAUUGUUUCGCUUUUGGAUGAUUCGACUCAAAGUGUGAGAGAUGCAGCAGUCAUGGCAAUUUGUGAAAUUUAUAGAUAUGUCGGUGUUGAUUUAUUACAGGAAUUGGGAAAUUAUAAAUUAAGAACUCCUCAACUCAAGGCGAUCGAAGAUAGAGCUAGUGAAAUAAUGGUAGAUACUGAAAAUUUGGUUCCAUUGAAACCAAAAACUCUAAAGAGCCCUGUUAAAAACAAAUCUGCAAGACACACUAUUCACACAAUUGGAGCAACCGCUGGAAGACCAAGCUCAGUCGCAACCAAUGAAGGAGAUGGCGAAGAAAACGAUGUUCAACCUGUAUAUAUCAAAGAGAGCGAUCUCUCUCGAGAAAUGGAAGUUAGUAUUGAAAUAUUAGAGGAUAUGAAAAACGUAGAUUGGAAGAGGAGACUGAAUUGCAUACGGCGUCUAAGAGGACUAGUUCAUGGAGGAGCUACAGAUUUUCCUGGAUUUAUUGCAGAAUUUUCUAGAAUCCGAGAAUCUCUUUCUAAAAAUCUUUUGGACUUGCGAUCUACAAUUGUGAAAGAGAGUUGCAUGCUUCUAAAUCUACUUGCAAAAACCAUGGGAUCAAGGUUCGAAUCUUUGUCAGAUUAUUUUGUUCCAAUAAUUUUAAAGAGCACCGUGGUGACCGUGCAGGUUAUAUCUGACUCAGUUAAUGUGUGUAUUCGAACCUUAAUUACGCAUGCCAAACUUAACAGAAGUAUCAUCGUCAUAGUUGAAAAACUGAUAGAUCCAAAAUCUCAUGCUACAAUGAGAGCUAGGUGUGCAGAAUAUUUAGUCUUGAUGUUACAGCAUGUAGAUUCGGCAAUUUUAACGAAGAAUAUUGACGAUAUUUCAAAAGCAGUUAAAUCUGCAAUUAACGAUGCAAGUGCCGGUGCACGACAAGCAGGUAGACAAGCUUACUUUGCUCUGAAAGAUACAUUCCCUGACAAAGCUUACAAGUUAUAUACUGAGCUUGACCCUAACACUCAGAAAAAGCUUAAUACCUCAGACGAUACGCGCUCCGGACAAAUUUCACCUAGAUCCACAACAUCCAGUGUUGUAAGUGGCACCUCUGUGUCAUCUUAUGUCUCAUCAGCAUCUACUUUGAGAAGAACAAAAUCUGUCAUUACUCGAAAAAUCUCCAAGACAGAUUCCAUUGUGGUACAAGAGCCUAAAAAUCAUACCAAACCAACAAUUCCUACACUGCCUUUAUCUGGAACAUAUCCACCCUCUCCUAAGAAACCACCAUCGCUCCAAGUUAAGGCCAUGACACGAACACCAACAUCCCCAUCAUCUCCUUUAUCACCAAGAGGAAGCUCUUCGUCACAAAAAAGUCCUUCUGCCUCUGUACGGUUAUCGAAAUCAUUUGAAGUUGGACCUUUAGACAAAUCAUCCAAUGAUCCAAUGGACACAUCUUUAGAUUCCCCUACAAUGGAAUCUGUCAAUUCCAUUUUGCGAGACACUAAAAACAUGGAUUGGAAGUCUAAAGUUCAAGUUCUUGAAAAAUUGGAAACAAUUAUUGAUUCUGACAGAAUUUCUGAAGUGAAGAGCACAUUCCUUCAAGUAAUUAAUUUGUAUAUUGACAGAUUGUCAGAUACACACCUAAAAGUUGUAGAGAAAACUUUAACCUCAUCUUUGAUGCUUAUUGACAAGUUGCCAGAUUGUGUGGAACCCUACUUGGAACGUAUAUUGUCAAAAUUAUUCUUACUUUUGACGGAAGAGAAGACCAAGUUAUUAUCAGAGCAGCUGUUAACAAAGAUUGCCAGUUCAUACUCUGGAGAUAUUUUACUGCCAAGAAUAUUUAAGAUUGUGGAUACGUAUCAUUCAAGAGUCCGAGUGGCUUGCUUAGAGUUUUUAAUGCACAUCGUGCAAGGCAGUUCUGCAUAUCUCAGCUAUCCUGGUCACAUGAGAUCGAGUAUCAAAAAGAUUAUUGCUCUUAUACAGGUAAACACAUCGAAACCGUGCGAAGCAGCUCUAACUAGUAUCAUGAUCUCAUUGUAUUCAAUUCAUCCUCAUAUAUUUUUGGAACAAAUGCUUUCAUUGCCAUCGCUAGAGCAAAAUCCAAUCAAAAAUUUACUACGUGAAAGAAUUCCAGAUUUUGAACACACACUCACAAUCGUAUCGAAAAAGUCAAGCCAACCAAGUUCUAACGUAUCAUCACCGCUCUCUGCAAAGUCUCCAAACACCAACAUUAAGGUGGUUGAAAAUACAAUACCAUCCAGAAUUGAAAAGUAUAAAAUUUCAACCGCCCAAGAAUUAAAGAACGAACGAGAAUCUUUAGAUGAGCUUUCUGCAUGCUUAACUGCUAUUGCCAAGUACAAGAUUGACAAUAAUCCUCAUCAAGUAUAUCGAUGCUUAUUUGACAUUACAGAAAUUGCGAGACAAAAACCUCCUUCAGAAUCGGUGUGGCAAAUAUCAUUUGCCAAGCUCAUAUUCUAUCUGUUUGAUUUAUUUUUCGAUGAAGAUGAAAUUGUGAGGGAGAAGGCACUGCUAAGCGUGGCAGCAUUGCUUAGAUAUCAAAAUGAGCAUUGCAUCAAAUUUGCAGAUAUCACUUUCAGAAAGCUUAUGGAAAAAUUCAAUGAUAAAGUUCCAGCAGUUCAGAGGACAGCAGAACGAGUUGCUGAACAAUUUAUAGAAUCCAUGGAUCCUCAAAAAACGCUUGAACUCAUCAAACCACAAAUUAUCAACAAUAGCGAAAAGGAACAACAACUCUUGGGAGGAUUGCGAAUCAUGACAAAACUAAUCAAACAAAUUUCUCCAGAAAUAUUGCUGACCCAUGUACCGAGUAUACUUCCCGGUGUCUAUGAGGCCUUCAAACAUUCCAAUGUCGAUAUCAGAAAAUCUGUGGUGUAUUUAAUGGUAGACUUGCAUUUUGCUCUUGGAGAGAGUUUUGAUCCUUACCUUAAACGGCUUUCUGUAGAGCAACAAAAACUGAUUCAAAUCUACAUUAAAAAGUCAGAAGUAAAGUGA